UCCGCCUGCCCGCCCGCCCGCCCGCCCGCCGGGGCGCAGGCCGCGGCCCGGGCCGGCAGGAUGCUGAACGUGCCCCCGCAGGCCUUCCCCGCUCCCGGCUCCCAGCAGCGGGUGUCCGCCGGCGGCCGCGCCAAGGUACCUUUAAAACCAGGAAGGAGUCUUAUGGAUUGGAUUCGGCUAACUAAAAGUGGGAAGGACUUGACUGGUUUAAAAGGGAGGCUAAUUGAAGUGACGGAAGACGAGCUUGCCAAACACAACAAGAAGGAGGACUGCUGGAUAUGCAUAAGAGGAUUUGUAUAUAAUGUCACACCAUACAUGGAAUAUCAUCCUGGUGGUGAGGAUGAGCUGAUGAAAGCAGCAGGAACUGAUGGUACGGAUCUCUUUGAUCAGGUUCAUCGUUGGGUCAAUUAUGAAUCGAUGCUGAAGGAAUGUCUUGUUGGGAGAAUGGCUGUCAAGCCUAUUGCUGCUCCAAAAGGUAUGGUUCCUGAGAAGAAAGGACUGGGUGCUUCUGUAAAAGAUUUAACUCCAAGUUAUGACUGGUUCCAAACGGAAAAUUCGAUCACCGUUGUCAUAUAUACUAAGCAGAAGGAUAUGAAUGCAGAGUUGGUGAUAGUUGACUGUCAAGACAAACGAUUAAGGGGAGAGAUCAUCGUGGGUGACCACUCAUAUCUUGUCGAAGUUGACUUGGAUCAUGCAGUUCAAGAAGACGUGGCUGUAAAUAUUGCUGAAAAAGUUGGGAAAGUAGAGAUUAUCUUAAAGAAAAAGGAUAACGUUCAUUGGAAAAUGCUGGGACAGCCCUUGGAGAGUCAUAAUACAUUUAUCAAACGCACGGACAGAGGACUCUUCUACAGAAAAUGCAAGUUGGUUUCUAAGACGGAAGUUACCCACGACACCAAGCUCUUUCGCUUAAUGUUGCCUAAGAGCACACAUCUCCACGUUCCCACUGGACAACAUGUUUACCUCAAAAAAAACAUUGCAGGGACAGAGGUAGUAAAACCAUACACACCUGUAUUGCCUUUUUUGCCACUGGAUUUCAAAGAACCAUUUAGCCAUGAUGGUGCACAUAUAUAUUUAAUGAUUAAAAUUUAUUCCUGUGGACUGUUCACACAGGCACUUGACCACCUACAAAUUGGAGACUAUAUUUCUGUCAGCAAUCCUGAAGGUAACUUCAAGAAGUCACAGGUUCAAACUUUAGAAGACCUCUUUUUAUUGGCAGCGGGCACCGGCUUCACACCAAUGGUUAAACUGCUCAAUUUUGCUCUGACUGAAGUUAGUUGCCUCCGGACAGUGAAGCUGAUCUUCUUCAACAAAACAGAAGAUGACAUACUUUGGAGAAACCAACUGGAGCAAUUAGCUCUUAAAGAUGAAAGGUUUGAGGUUCAAUUCAUUCUUUCACAACCAACAAAGGACUGGGUGGGUAAACAGGGGAAGAUUUCUUCAUCGCUUCUCUCUGAGUUUGUGAAAAUAAGCAGAAAAGACUCCAAAGUGCUUAUCUGCAUCUGUGGUCCAACACCUUUUACAGAACAGGGAGUACAGUAUCUGAAAGAUCUUGGAUACUCCCAAGAGGAGAUACACGCUUUUACUGCAUAAACCCAUAUGAGGAUAUCAGUAUUUCUUUGUAUAAUUCAAUCUUAUUUAUUUACCUUCAUGAAUUUAAUUAAGUGAGAAGCCAUUUUUUAAAGACUUGAAAUUUCACUCUUGGUACCAAACUGUUUCUUGGAAGAAAUCUAUCUUUGAAAAAAUUUUAUACUGUGUUUUAUCUUGUUUUUGUAAAUAUUUUUCCUAAUCCAGGGUAUUAAUUUAUUGUAGAGGCAAGCAAAAAUGUAUAGUAUACAUUAUGUGAGGUAUUUCAUGUUGUUGGUUCAUGAGAAUUCUUAAAUUUGACAAGCACUGAUUUAAGUUUUGACUUGAAAAGCUUAUUAUUUCUUACUGUUAAAAAAGUCUUAAGAGCAAUACUGUCUGAAAUUAAAUAUUGCACUGUAACUCAGGUAACCGGUCAUUGAAAAAUGUUCUUUUCCAUCUGAAAUCUCGUAUUUGACUUGCAAGUGAUCCAGAUACAUUUUUGGCUUUGUAAACAAAGAAUAAAAGUACCUUUGGUAAAAUAUAAAAAAUUUACAUCAAAUAAUAAAAAAAUAAUAAUUUUACAUUACUUUGUGCCUUCUUCUAGAUUUUCUGUAUUUUCAGUUUAUGGUGUGAUACAGAAAGGUUUGCACAAGCUUAGGACACCAACUGAGAGCUCGUAACAGAGGCACAGACUCUUGGUCUUGUACAAGACUUUCUAUAUGACCUCACUGAUGUUACACAUCCCUUGAUAUGAGACUUUCUGAAGGUAAAAACAUGACAGCUUACGUCCUGCAGAUACCAGGGUAAGGACCAUAGAAGUACCUAAAAAUAUUUGAUAGGUUGCAGUGGUAUCAAAUGAGGUUAUUUGAAUCAGUGGGGUUUUUUACCCCAUUACUAAAAAUAUAUUAUCAUGAGGCAGUAGUCUGCUGUCUAAUAAUACUUUGGAGAAAAAAGCAGCAAAGCACCUACCCCCCUUCUGUGUUUGUCAGUAGUAUCUGUAGGCAUUGUGUCUUAUGACUUACAGUAUUGUUUGCAUCCUCCUGUUGUGUUGAAUUUCUUCCUCCUCAGAAGCCUGACUUGUGGUUGUGGCAUUAAUACUUCAGCAUUCAUGAAAAAUUCUGUAAUAAUACCCUUUAAAAAGGUUAAAUUGGUCUCUGACAGUGACUGGCUAUGCUAAACUGAGCUGUCAUCUCUUCACUGCCCUCUCAUUUAUUAGACUUGAAGUUAGAAAAGGAUCUGUGUCAGUCAUUGCCCAUAGGUCACAAGAUACUUCAGAAGAGACAGUGGUAAUGUCAGCAUUUUGUCAUCUAGAAGGAUCUAAAUGUUUUCAGCUAUAAUCUUGCAAUGCGUUGUUUGUGGAGAUUUGUACUACAAAGUUCUGAACAGGUUUCCACUGAGCAGAAACAUCAGUGCUACACUCGAAAAACGAAGCACUCAUUGAAUUUUAUCAUUUUUUUUUUUUUUAUGUCACGAAUGCAAGAUUACUGUGUUGACUUAAAAAAUUACAUUUUGGUGUUAAUGACUAAACUUUACAACUUCCAUAGGAUACUGAGGAAUUUCUCCUGCUCCCGUCACCCAAGAUCUGAUGGGAUGGGCUCCUGUGUGAAAGAAUUUCAUUAAUUGCCGUUCUCUUAGGCUUUUUGGUUUUAACGGGGUACUUUGCCAAUAUCCUGCCUUUUGUGCUUUGAUUGUCCUCAUCUGCCUUUAUCCAGAAGGAUAAAAGAAAGUGUUUUGGAUAAGUAGCUGUUGUGACACAGUACAUCAAUAACUUUAUUCUUUGCCUUAGGACAUACACCCUAUUUCAUAGAGUCGUAGAAUUGCUGUGGUUGGAAGGGACAGUUCAGAUCAUCUAGUCCAACCAUCAGCCGAACUCUGACAAAAACCGUCACUAAUCUAAACUAUAUCUCUAAGCACUAUGUCUACCUGUCUUUUAAAUUCCUCCAGGGAUGGUGACUCAACCACUUCCCUGGGCAGCCUGUUCCAAUGCUUGACAACCCCUUCAGUGUAAAAAUUUUUCCUAAUAUCCAUCCUAAACUGCCCCUGGCGCAAACCUGAGGUCGUUUCCUCUUGUCCUAUUGCCUGUUACUUGGGAAACAAGACCAACCCCCACCUUGCUACAACCUCCUUUCAGGCAGCUGUAGAGAGCGAUAAGGUCUCCCCUCAGCCUCCUUUUCUCCAGGCGAAACAACCCCAGCUCCCUCAGCCGCUCCUCAUAAGACUUGUUCUCCAGACCUCUCACCAGCUUCAUUGCCCAUCUAUUUGACAAUAGAUGAUGAUUUCUUGGGGGCUUCGUGCAGUCCAGGUGGUGAUUGUGGAUGUGGAACUACUUCAGAGUAGGUCUAGAAGCUUGUGCAAUUAGUGUGCAUCCUUUUGGUUUCUGAAAGUUCAUUUCCAGUCUGGUUAGUAGUGGUAAUUGCUGUUUACAGUUGCAGCUUGAAGGAAGUUGUGCUCUUGGAGGCUUUAGAAUUGUCAUCCCGAAGCAUGGAAGACCCUGAUGCGGUUAUGACACUGUUUCAUAAGGCGUGUGGAUCUUAAAUAGCUUAAAUAUGAAGCAAGGAAAGCAACCAAAUUGGUAGCUCCCUUGGAAGUCCAACAGGAUCUUGAGUGCAGAGGUGUUCUGCUGUGCUGGUUCUUCCAGGUCAGAUCUUCACAGGGUUGGAGUGAACCGAGUGGAUCUUGGGCUGUGUCUGUCCACAGGGAAAAGAGGAGUCUACCUCCAGGGCUUGUUGACUUUUUAUUUUUCCUGUAAAUAUUAAUACUCAAUCAAAAGCAAGUAAUAUUGCGAUGCUGGUGUUACUGAUGAGGAGCAAAUGGAGACUGUGACAUGCAAAAGAGAUGUUAUUGGAAGUUGCAAUAUGCAAAUGUGUUACCUUUGAAAGCUUUUGAAUGGUUGCUGGUGGUAGUUUCUGAUUCAUUCUGUGUCAGGCACCGUCAAGCACUGCAUUCAGAAGUGUUUCUGUUCAUAAUAAAACCAGAAUAUCUAAAUGAUUCUAUGUUGAGCAUGAAGUAGUGAGCGAGUGUUUCUGCUUUCUUCUGGGAUGACUGAAUAGACUUGUCAAAUAGUCUGUUUUAAGUAAUACAGCACUAGUAUAUGCAGAGCUUCCUACUUUGGUAUUUUGACUGUCACAAAUUAUAAUCAAUUAGUGUGUGUGCGUGAUGGUUGGUUGUUACAGAGGAAGAGAUCAAUACUUAAAUAUCUUCUGGAAGUCAAGAGAAUACAUAUAUACAUACACGCAUCUCCAGUAUUUCUUCCUGAUGUUUCCCUGGCUAGAUUGCCAGCCUAUAGCAUAAGAUUUUACUAAUUUGCACGUCUCUGGGAAUGCAAUUUCCCAAAAGGUGAGGUUUUUGUUUGUCCUGUACUGGUACGACUUUCAAUUCUUUGUCGUUAGUUCACUGACUUGCCUUAUUGAAAGUUUAUUCUCAGCAAAAUGAUGCACUACGCAGCUUCUGUUGAAGCUGGCCUGCAGAUUUGGAGUUACUGGAGGGGAAGAGGAGAGAGGGAAUAGGCUCUCGUGUGCUGUGCGAGGAUUGACCAGAAGAGCUAACGUUUUCUUAGGAAACAAGACUAAAAAUGGAAGGUGACAUCAGAAGAAUAUUCUCCUAUUCCUGCUUUUUAUCAAUUACCUGGUUAACGUCAGAUAAACGCUCUCUUGAAUUAACGCUCUGGGCUGUUUCUGGAUGGUAUUUCACCAAGCAACAAACCCUUUUUAAUUUUCCAAAAGGAGAUUUGAAACAUUUAUCAGAAGGCACUGGCUUAAUUACUGUGUUGACAGGCUCAAACGGGGAACUUGUAUAGAAAAUAAUUUAUGGGGAAAAAGGAACAUCUGCAGACUCCCAGCUCUUUGUUUGGAAGGUAUUUUUGGAUAAACUCUCCAUGUAAUUCUUGUUAAUGUUUACAGCUGUCGAUACGUAUUUUGUGUAAUUAGAACAGUAGCUUGAAGUAAAUACUAUGGUACAAUAUAUUAAUAAUAGUCUGCCAAGAGACUAUUCAUAAAAUAUUUAUGUGUUUGUCCAUACAUGGGAAACAUGAAAAAUACAAUAGUUAGCGUUAUACAAUAUGCAGUGUUUAUGUUGCAUUUUGUUGUUGGAGGCAUACAGACUUAAAUCCCAAUUAUACAUUGUAAUCCAUUAGUAAGCCUGCUUUAUAGCUAGCUGCUGCGUGGUGCUGAUAAUGAAAAGGGAUGAUAAAUUGUAACAAUUAUUUGCCAGUUGUAUUUUUAAAACUCAGCGUCUUGGGUUUUCUGCCUUUAGUAAGCGUGAGGAAGACCACUGCUUGUAGGAAAAUCCAAUUUGCAGAUACAUCAGUUCUAGUUCCGGAAUACUUACGUAUUCAAAGACUGGUGAAAAGAAGGUCAGAGGAGCCAGUGUGAAGUGGCGUCGUUGAUCAUUUCUCUGCUGCUGCUCAAGGAGAUGUUUGUAUGUU